AUGAUGGCAAGUCCAACCGCGGGAGAUCAUCCGGCGGGAGAUGGUCCGGCGAGCGGAGCGCAGCUGGGCGGAGAGGCUGGGGGAGCCACAGGUGAAGUUUCUCAAGUUUUUCAAGUGCGUGCAAGUGCAAGUGCAAGUCCAGGUGGGACAGUUUUGGAAGUGGAGGUGUCACGUGAGGACUUCCAAGGAGAAUCCCAAGUCCAGGAGGAUACCUCACAGAUCCAGGUGGUCAAUGGAACGGCUCAUUGCCGGGAAUGCAUUUGUGGGCGGCAGGCCACGGGAGCGGAGCAGGACAGGGCCGCCUGUUGGACUCAACAAGGAGGGUCUGUCGGGGUACGACGGGGCGUGGUUGACUGGUGGAGAUUUGCGUCCACCAACCAGCGUUGUUGCGGUUGCUUGGUACGCUUGGUGGGUGGUUGGCUGGUGGAGAUUUGCGUCCACCAACCAGCGUUGUUGCGGUACGCUUGGUGGGCGUUGACUGGUGGAGAUUUGCGUCCACCAACCAGCGUCGCUGCGCUCGCUUGGUGGGCGUUGACUGGUGGAUAUUUGCGUCCACCAACCAGCGUCGCUGCGCUCGCUUGGUGGGCGUUGACUGGUGGAUAUUUGCGUCCACCAACCAGCGUCGCUGCGCUCGCUUGGUGGGACUAA